CGGGAAGCGGCCGGGGCCUCGCUGGGGGCUGGGCGGGCCCGGAGCCGGCCUCGGGAGCUCGUCGGCUCCCAGCUCAGGGCAACAAAGCUCUGUUAAAGCGUCUUCAGGCGUCCCUGUCCGCUUAAAUCAAGCCGUUAUUAAGUUAGCAGGGGGUUAAGGUGUGCUUCUGACGAAGCACGCGCUGGUCUUUUUUCUUUAGGGCGGCAUAAGAAACUUUUAGCUGGGGUUUUUCUUUAGGAAGAGGAGCUGUAUGGGAAGGCUUGAUGACAGAUGCUUUGCUUUUCCUAAAAUACUGAGGCCUGUGGGUGUUGUGUGUUGUGCUGGGAUGGGUUUAUGUUGACCGGUGUAAUUCGGCAGUUUCUUUCCAGUCUUCCACAGUAACGUGUUUAUUUCUUAUCCUGAUAUCUGCAAGGAAAUGCCUUGUGCUUACCUCGGAACCUCACGUUGCAUUGCCGCUUUCCCAUGUGUGUUUAAAAACAAAAUCGUUGCUUUGGAGGAUUCCAGCACUGAGAUUUCUGGAGUCUGCUAUAUCAAGCCAUAAUGAGUUCAUCACUGGUUGCUUAUGAUGAUUCAGACCCCGAGGCAGAAACUGAAAAGACUGAAGUCCCCAGUACUUCUAGCAGACAAACAAGCUUUCCGAGUUCUUCUCUGAAUCCUGUUCAAUACUUUGCACCUGGUAGUUUGAGAACAAAAUCUACAUAUGAAAUGCAGCCUACUGAGAACACUGACAAUUUUGGCAUAAGUAUUGUUUGUGAAGAUCUCUCCGAGCAUUAUGCACCGAAUAAUAACACUGAUUUGACAUCUCCUUAUUGUAGGAGAGCAUACUCUAGCCAUACUGCAUUAAGUAUGCCCUACAAAAACUAUGAACAGACAUCAAGCUCUUCAAGAAACUCUGGAAAUGGCACUUCCCAAAAGCGAAUGCAUAAAGACAGUCCUACAACUAUAAAGGGAAUUAGACCAUAUAUCCCCAAAAGACUGCGUCAAGAAAAUUCCAGUACCGGUGGAAAAAAAGAGUGUGAACAGGGUGAAAGCUCAAAUUGUCAUGUGAAGCUAGACGUAUCAGGAAAGCAGACUAUGAGAAAGAUAUCUGAAAUAAUUAAGCCAUAUUUGGGAUCCAAAUAUAAAGUAACUGAAAUCCCCAAAAGCUUGGUAUUUCAUAUGUUUAAACACAGCAGUCCGGUUAAUGAAAUCCAGUGGUGUCCUGUGCGAGAACAAAGUCACAUGCUUCUCUCAGCUUCUAUGGAUAAAACAAUCAAGGUAUGGGAUGCUGUAGACACAGGCUGUUGUCUGAAAACAUUUUCCUGUCACUCCUGUGCUGUCCGAGCUGCUCAGUGGUCAUCUUGUGGACAAAAGAUCCUCAGUGGGGGCUUCGACUCCAUGCUGCAUUUAACAGAUGUGGAGACAGGGAAGCAGAUAUUUAGCAGCAAAAACGAAUUUAGGAUCAGCGCACUGAAGUUCCACCCUGCAGAUUCAAAUAUUUUUGUUUGUGGAGGGUUCAGCCCAGAAGUUAAAGCUUGGGAUAUAAGGACUUGUAAGGUGACUAGAGUUUACAAAGCUGCAAUACAACAGACGUUGGAUAUACUCUUUCUCACUGAAGGAAAAGAAUUUCUCACAAGCACAGAUGCAGUGAGCCGGGACUCAGCUGAUCGCACCAUUAUUGCAUGGGACUUUCAAAGUGCUGCCAAAAUCUCCAAUCAGAUUUUUCAUGAGCGUUACACUUGCCCAAGUCUGGCUCUGCACCCAAGAGAGUCUGUGUUUGUUGCUCAGACAAACGGGAACUACAUGGCAUUGUUUUCUUCCCAGCGACCUUACCGAAUCAACAAAAAGAAAAGAUAUGAAGGACAUAAGGUGGAAGGAUUUGCAGUGUGCUGUGAAUUUUCUCCAGAUGGAACACUUUUGGUGACAGGAAGUUCCGAUGGCAAAGUGUUUUUCUACAACUAUCAUAGUGCUAGGAUUAUUCGCACUCUGUCUGCCCAUAAAGAAGCUUGUGUGAAUGCAAAAUUUCACCCAGUCUUGCCAUCACUCCUUGCAACAUGUGAUUGGACUGGAGAAAUCAAGAUCUGGCAAUAACAGGCAGAAAGACUUUUCAGAAUAACUUUCCUCUUUGCCAAAGGUUUUGGUGUUUCAGAAUGAAUAAACCAUGAUAUGCAAUGUGAAAUUUUGUUGUGAUGCCCUGUAGGCAGGGGAGAAUGUCAUCUUAUUUUCUGUCUGCUAGACAUAUGCUUUCCUAAUGUAGUUAAGAUGAUCUUGUUAGCUGCUGAGCAGCUCUUCCUCUCUCCCUGGGCCUUGGUGUGAAACAUUUCUGGCUCGUGUCAAUGUUCUGGUGCUCAUCUAACCCUACCCUGAUGUGAGAAGCUAAACCUGAAAAAAAGUAUUGCUCUUCCUAUGUAGCUUUUUACUGCAGCUUUCUUAAACCAGAUUUUCACUAGUUUAGCUCCUUAUCCUGGUCACUAAUGUGGUAGACAAGCAAUAGUAUAGGUCAAGGCAAAACAGCUUCUACUUGCAAGAAAGGGGAUGAUCACAGGGCAGGUGGGACUGCCUCUUUUGGAAACAGGAAGGCAUUACCAGCUCAGCUUAUUGUAAAAUGUUUUCUGAGGGUUCUAGGGAAAGAACUUGGAGCUAAUUUUGAAGCCAAUAAAUCUGUGUUCUCUACAUUUCCGUCUUUGAAUUUUGAACAUUUAUGAAUUUUUAACCUGAACUUAUGA